AUGUCGGCCGCAACCAUCCCUCCCCCCGCCGCGGACCAGGACUACAAGGGGACGCUGCUCCCGCUUCUGAUGUCCAACAAUGUCCUUUCGUUCGGAUCUUACGUGCUAAAGUCCGGCCGGGAAUCCCCCUACUUCUUCACCUCGUCGCUCCUGCACACGGCCCCAUUGCUCCGCGCGACCUCCGCCGCCUACGCCAGCGUCCUGGCCGCCGAACCCUUCGUCACCAUCGCUGCUGACGGCACCAAGACCCCGAACUUCGAUAUCGUCUUCGGUCCUGCCUACAAGGGUGUUCCAAUUUGUGCCGCUGUGGUGAACGAGUUGGCCGUGCGGGACUCGCUGUCCCCUUCGCCCAAGGGUACCUGGGAUAACGUCAGCUACUCUUUCAACCGCAAAGAGGCCAAGGCGCACGGCGAGGGAGGAAACAUUGUUGGGGCUCCGUUGAAGGGCAAGCGGGUGGUGAUUGUCGACGAUGUCAUCACCGCGGGUACUGCGCUGCGCGAGGCAGUGUGCAUCAUUGAGAAGGAGGGCGGUAUUGUGUCGGGCGUUGUCAUCCUGCUGGAUCGGGAGGAGAGAGUCAGUGAUGCUGAGCCCAAGAGCGCUGUUGGUGUUGCUCAGAGAGAUCUGGGGGAGAACAUCCCCAUCCGCGCCGUCAUUGGUCUCCACGAUUUGAUUGAAAAGUUGGGUAGUGAGAUUGGAGACGGCGAGGUGCAGCGGUUGAAGGACUACCGGGCUCGUUAUGGAGCGGAGUAA